AUGGCGUUCGCGCCCAUGGGGCCCGAGGCCUCGUUCUUCGAGGCGGUCGACCGGCACCGCGCCUCCCUGCUGGCCGCCCUGAGAGGCGGGGGCGGCGGCGGGCGGGCGGGCGCGCCCCGGGGCCCGGCCUCCAGGUUUGAAGAUUCUGUGGGUCUUCAGAUGGUAUGUAAUUGUGCCAUGAGAAAAAUCAGAAGUGAUUCAACAAAAUCAGUGAAAAAGUUUGCUCUAAUUCUUAAAAUAUUAUCCAUGAUUUAUAAAUUGGUACAGAGCAACACUUAUGCAACCAAAAGAGACAUAUAUUAUACAGACAGCCAACUCUUUGGUAAUCAGACCAUUGUGGACAAUAUUAUCAAUGACAUUUCCUGCAUGUUGAAAUUGCCAAGGAGGAGUCUACAUAUAUUAUCUACAUCAAAAGGUUUGAUUGCCGGCAAUCUGAGGUACAUGGAGGAAGAUGGCACCAAAGUGAAUUGUACCUGUGGCGCAACCGCUGUAGCUGUGCCAUCUAAUAUUCAAGGAAUUCAGAACUUAAUCACAGAUGCGAAAUUUCUGUUAAUUGUAGAAAAAGAUGCAACAUUUCAGCGCCUCCUAGAUGAUAGCUUUUGCCACAAAAUGUCUCCCUGCAUCAUGGUGACGGGAAAGGGAGUGCCGGAUCUGAACACCAGACUUUUAGUCAGGAAGCUGUGGGACACAUUUCAGAUUCCCAUUUUCACUCUUGUAGAUGCUGAUCCACACGGCAUAGAAAUAAUGUGUAUUUACAAGUAUGGAUCUAUGUCUAUGUCCUUCGAAGCCCACAAUCUCACCGUUCCGGCUGUAAGAUGGCUCGGUCUCCUCCCUUCAGAUGUUAAAAGGUUAAAUAUAUCCAAAGAUACUUUGAUUCCACUGACAAAACAGGACCAAAUGAAACUUGACAGUAUCCUGAAGAGACCUUAUGUUAACUGCCAACCCUUUUGGAAACAGGAAAUGGAAUUAAUGGCUGAGAGUAAAACGAAGGCGGAAAUCCAAGCCUUGACCUCCCUGUCAUCAGAUUAUCUUUCCAGAGUAUACUUACCCAAUAAAUUAAAAUUUGGAGGAUGGAUAUGA